AUCCCAUUAAAAAAAGUCGAAUUGUCAUUAGCCGCCAGUUUCAACCAGGCUCGUUCUAAGCAAAUACAACGGGAGAACUCCAACGGGUACAUUACCUCCUUCAGAAAUAGAGACCAGUGUUUGAAAUGUUGACGGAAAGUCUCAAUGCAUCCCGCAUACUAACCAAUUUUUAUAAGUUGGGACAUCUAUCAAAUGUGUCAUACACGGUGUAUGGCCAAAAAGCAUCCACCGAGCUAAAUGAUCAAUCUUUACUAGAGUUGGAAUUGUCAAUAAGGUACGAUCACCCUCGUGUGUUAGUCACUUACUACAAUAAAUGCUUGUACCAGUUUGUUCUUACGUAUGAAAAUGAUACAGCGGAUUCAAAUGGAGAUCAGGAGUGGAAAAAUGAAGACGAUCAACAAAAUGAACAAAAUCAAGAACCGGUGCAACAGAGUCAGCAGCAUAACACCAACUAUACCCCUCCGUGGGAUCUAUCCAAAGAAUACCCUCGUUUAGAAGUUAAAUUCUGCAAUAACGUUCCAGUGGAUUAUUUAUCGAAUCCAAACUCCAAAUCAAUUGAUCGUAAAGAUGAAUACCUUGCAUACGCUAGUUUGAGUUUUUUGAAGGCUAUUAAAAAACUAGUCUUAUAUAAUUUGUCAUUGAAUAACGUUGCUCACUUAUUUGGUAAUCAUGCAGUCGUCAAUCAAAAUUUAUCCAAUUCAAUCAUUCAUAUAGAUCCAAUCUUAUUACCUAAUGGUGACUUAUUAUUAUCAAUAUCGACAAAGCGUAAUCUUUCGCUAUUCAACUCUUCAAUAGUCGAUCAUAAUGAUCCGAUGGCUCUAGACUCAAAUUUUAUCAUUUAUUUGAUCCCUUCCGGGAUUAGAUGUCAUUUAUACGACAAUGUGAAUAAAAAACAAAGUUUUACUUAUAAUCCUCCUAAAAAUUGUGAAAACUUGAUCAAGUUGAUCAGAUUAAGUACUGGAGUAGACUUAUCAAAUGAAAAAUUCUUAUGGGUUAAACUUAUUCCAAAUUUGCAGCAUCUUAACAACCAAACUUCAAAUAUCUCCAAGUUCGUUCAUCUGGUUGACAAUAAAAAAUUCAUUCUUUGGCCUUGGAAAUUAUGUCUUUUGCAAUUCGGUUAUAUUGAAAAGCAAGUAUAUGAUAAUCAAAACCACCUUUCUCAAAAUCAACCAUUCAGAAGCUCCUCUUCUGACAUUGACCCCUUAGGUCUUAUAUCUGACUUUAUGGACUUUAGCAUUUCAACUCACCAAUCCAAAUCAUCAUCAAAUAACUUUACUGCCCCAAGUGCUAGCGCUCUUUCAACUGGUCCAAAUUCUACUGGACCGACAAAUAAUGAAACUGGCAGCACUGUUAAAAAUGAAGAUCACCUAGACAUGACUAAUAGCAUGAUGAAUGAUAUUUUCGAUAUAUCCAUGGCACCUAACGAGUCAAUGAAUUUUUUCCAAAAUGAAACGAAAGACACUCAUCAAGAUCAAAAAGGUAAUCAUUUGAACGAAGGUGAUCAAAUGAUCGAAGAAAAUCAAGAAGAACAAGAAAAUCAAGCCAAGGAGGAAGAUCAAUUGGACGAUCUAUUUGGGGAUGAUAGUAGUGAUGAAGAUCAGUCACAAGCAGCAAAGCCAGUUGAGCCUCAAUUCGACAAUAACUUUGACCUGCAACCAUCAUCUCAACCAAUUGAGGUUGACGAAGAAAACAAACCUAUACAAGCAGAUAAAGAUUCUACGAAAGAGCUUGACUUAUUUUAUGAAACACAGCAAGAUGAAAGCAAGAAAGAUCCAGAAAAGGAUGUCGAGAAAGAGUUUAAGGAACCUAAACCAAGAUCAUCUACUUCAGCUUCUAAUAGCACUUAUAUUGAUAUUCCAAAAGAUCAAAUGACCAUAGCUCCAUUACGUUAUUUAAAAACUCAAACUCCUCAAGUAUACGAUGAUCCAGGUGCCCCAUUGCCCAUUGUGCCAACCCCAAUAAUACCCUCUUCGGCACCUCAAUCUUCGGGAACUAUUCCUGAUCAAAAAAAUAGUUUCAAUGACCUGAAGAACUUAAACUUCUAUAACAACCAUCUAGGUCAUAUUGGAAGUUCAUGGACCCCUUCAGGUGCUCCCGAAAUUGACAAUAAGUCGGUCUUUUCUCCUCUUUUAUUCAACCCAAUAAUUAAAAGCAAUAUAGAUACAAAAUACGGGAAGGGAGGGAAAUUUUAUGUCGAUAAAGAAUUAUCAGCUGGUUCUGAUAGUGAAUCAAAAAAGAGAAAGUUACGAGCAACAAGUGUCAGUGGGUACGAAUAUCCAGCUAAAAAAGAAGAUCGUGGUCAUAGUUUUGAUAUUCUGAAUGAAAGAGGGUUGGGCAUAAUUCGCUCAGAAAAUCAAGAUCGUGGAAUUGUCAGUAAUGAAGAUAAUGAAAAUGCAAUUGCAGAUGAUGAUGAUCCUAGCGAUCAAAGUGACGAUGAUGAAGAAGAAGAUGACGAUGAUGAAGAAAGUGAUGAAGAUGAAGACAUUAAUCAAAACAAGGUUGCUGAUCACUCAAAGGAACAGAACUCCCCACCUUUGAAGCUCAAUACUGAUAACGAUCAAGGAUCAUCGAAUCAAGGAAAUAAUUUGGAUACAACUCAAAAGCAACUCAACCCAUCAACUUUAACCAAUACAGGUGGAUUUUUCUCUCCAUUGGGUCAAGCUGCAAAAUAUAAUACUGGUUCCAAAUUUGAUUCUCCGCUUGGAAUGAAUUCAAGCUUUGUUGAUAACAACCAGAUGGUAACAGGAUCUCCAUCCAGUAUUUUUGAUAACAAACACUUACAACCUCCUCCUUCUGCUCCGGUAUUUCAAGAUGACUUUCAAGGUCAUGAGUCGUUUUCACCUGAUGAUGACUCUAAGAAAGACCAGUCCCCAGUAAGCACUGGUAACACUCCUGCCGUGUCUUCACCGUCUAAGACUGUCGGAAUUUCUGAAUCGUCUAACUGCUUACCUUUGAUAUUAAGAGGGAUAAAUGUGGUUUCAAUACCAAGUUUGUUUCUUUUAAACAAUAUAAGUGGAUCCAUGAAUAUUUCAACCGUGACAUCCGACUUUAAUAUGGAUGUUGAUGAAGAAGAGAAUGAUUUCGAGAUAAAUCAGAAUAAUGAAUUGGUAGUGAAAGUCAAUCAUUUAGACGAAUUUCUUAAAUGGCUUGGCCUGAAUUUAGUGUUUGACUUGGGAUUAAAUAAAUAUGAAUCGAAUUUAAGAUUGAGUUUGCCCUCAAAUGCAUCUAAGCUUACCGAAAAUGAUACAUUUAGCUCCGUAGAUAUUGGUGUACCAAUAUCUCAAUUUGAAUCCAAAUUCUUCAAACUAUUUCCAUUAUGUUAUAAAGUAAGUUUGAAUGAAUUCAUAAACGAAAUUAGUCCACAGGAUCCUCAAGAUAGUACAGUACAGGAUGAACUCACCAAUCAACUCAGCUUCUUAGAUGAUAUUGCGAAUGAUGACAUCCUCAAUCCGAAGUCACAGUUGAAGAAAUUAAAUUCAAUUAAAUGGGAUUCAUUUUACACAGUUAAUCAACGGAACGAAGAAAAUUAUCGUCAUUAUAAAGAGAUAAUUGAAAGCUUUAAUAAAGUAAAUUCAUACAUAAAGAAUGAUGAAGACCAUCUUUUCCAGUUAUUGGAUAAUAAAGCUAGGGUCCUCAAAAACAACGACGAGAUCAUCAACUUAAAUAGCGUUGGUCUCAGAUUCUGGGGAUAUUUGAAUUACAGCCCACUCAAUGGGCCCAAGAAUUUCCAGGUCUUAUUAAUUUCGGAAAGAGGUCAAGAAGAAAAUAAUUGUAAUUCCGAGUUUUUAAACUCAUUAAUUUAUAACUAUAAUGAGGGACAUUUCGGGAAUAUAACUAAAUUGAACCUACAAAGCCUUGAUUCCAAACAGGAUUUUGAAAGUAUUAAUGAUGGAUUGUUAUUGAUGAACAAAGGAGAAGAUAGUGUUACAUCGUCAUACACUGACGUUUAUAAGAAGAUCAAUAAACGGUUGACGUCUUUGGUAGAGUUGAUAAAACUAGACUUAAUAAACAAAACCAAUAGUUUCGAAUUUGAUCGUCCAUUAUUACUAUUUUUUGUUGACUUUGAUGAUAAUGUUAACUCCAUGUUACAAAUAUCGAAGAUAUGCCGUAACUUCAAGUUAUUUUUGAAUCAAUAUCAAUUACCUUUAGUUGAAAUUUUUACACAUGUUAUUCCAGCUUCUUUCAUCUUUAAACAAGUUGCCAAUCAAAAAUCAGUCAGGUACUUAUCUAACUAUAAACUUAGUAGAAUAUCCAUGACUUUGUAUAACAAAUGCCCCGACCCUUUCCUGGGAUUAAAAUCAUUGACGAAUAAACAAUUAACUAAGUCGUUAUUCACAAACUUAGUGAAAUCCCCUCCUAGCAAGCUUCAAUUCAAAUUUUUGUCUAAUGGUGGGAAGGAAAGUACAAGUUUGGCAUAUAAUGACGAUAUAUUUUUACAUUUGGCUUAUGAAAGAACUGUGGAUAAAAACUGGGUUUCAGCAGCAUGGUCUGAUCCGUUUGGUGUUACCACUCAUGUCAAAUCUUGGUACUGUUCGCCUACUAAUAAUAAGAAACAUACUAAAGAUAUUUAUGAAAUGGGUGAGGUUAUAGAUGAGAUUUGGAAUAUUUCUAAUGAAUUAUUCAAGACUUUGAAUGCCGAAAUAAUCAAAAAGACAAGUGGUUUAGGUGGUAAGAAAUUCUUGGUCUUAACAAGAAUUAAUAACGUUAUUCCCGAUGACGAAUUGGUUCAUUGGAAGAGACUUAGUAUGAAAUAUAAAGAUGUUUCAUUGAUUGUUUUGUCAGUCAACAGGACUCCUAGGGUUUUAUUCAAUGUUGACUUCACUUCGAACCGUGACGUCAGUCCAGAUGAUAAUGAUCUUGUACAAGAUGAUGCUAGCAAUGCAUCCAGUAACAACAACGUUGGAUUGAGUACGGCUGCCGCUACAAUAGCAGGAAGCUCUAACAGUACAACUGGUCUGAACAGUUCUGGUAAUACUGUAGCUGGACAAGCACAACCUUCAUCGGCAUCGGGUUUGUUGACCGGACUAAACCAACAACAACAGGGCCAACAAAAUCCAUCAUCCAAUAUUGUCUCUGGGGGACAAAAGAAUGCAGCACCUACUGGUAUGGGAAGUGCUACUACACCUUCAGCACCAGGCUCAGCUCCGGAUUUUUUCAAGAAUUUCAACAACUUUCCUCCUUCAAGUAAUUCUAGUCCUACAACUACUGGUGCCACCAUGAUAACGUCACCAUCUCAUAAUGGAGGCAUUAAUUUCCAUUCUCCACAACAAUUCUUGAACGCCCCCGGUAACUUUUUAUCGCCACAAGACUUGGUAGGUACUGGAGCUUCUGGGACGGCCAACAAUGUUACUACCAAUGGACAUAGCACUGUUGGAGCAGGUGUUAAUAGUGCCAAUGGACCAGGAAUCAUAUUCAAUGAAUCGGAUGUUGUUUUACAUGAUCGUAAUAGCGACAUAACAGCAGUGAUCCCCCGUACAGCCUUACCGUCAUUUACUUCCCCUUCAAAACUAGGAAUGAAGAUCGGAUAUUUGUUGAAAGAGUGUGGAAAUGAUUCAGAAGAAGUUGGUGAUGGUGGUUCUGUUAAAAAAUAUCUAGUCUAUGAAACCACUAUACUCAGUUGUUCCAAUUUCUGGAAACUUGACGCGAUCAUGAAGAUAAUGUUGGAGCAAUAUAAAAAAUUAAUAUCAUUGAAUGAUAUUUUGGGCUUAACUGAAAUCCAAACGUCUACUUCAUCUACAAAAGUAGACGUUACUACAGAUAAUUUCGAUCAACAGGAAGUAGAUCAUAAGGACGCGGUUCUGUUAGUGCCCUGGCACAUCAAUGCCGUCGGUAAGUCCUUAGAUUACUUGAUCCAUGUAUCGGUGGAAGAGUAAAGCAUUCUUCAAAUAUACGAAUUUUGCAUCUUUAAUAUCGGUUUGUAAGUCUCAGUCGCGUGU